AUAGGUGGGGGUAUUCUACAACAUAUAAAUAAGUGACACCUGGCAGAAUUUAUAUGUUUGAGAAGUAGGUGAUAAUUACUUAAUCUUAAAAAACUUUCUCUGUCUCCCACUUCACUAGACGACUGGGACAAAGCCUAGAUGCCCACAUCCUUGCCAUUGUGCCUCAUCUCCAUGACUGUAUAUGUAUUUUUCCACAUUCUAUUAUAUUUUAUUUUAAUCUCUUAAUCUCAAAGGGCCAGUUUGGUUGGAGGUAAUGGGCCAGAAUAUAAUGGAAUGGAAUACUAAUGGGCCUGAUUAUUUUGUUUGGUUGAAAAAUAACAAUUUUGGAGUAGAAUUCCAUAGUAAUGUUAUUCCCCCAAACUAAUGGAAUUGCUAUUCCAUUUUUUAUUUGGUGGAAUUAUAAUUCCAUUCCAGCAGAUAUCUCUCCUCUACUCUAGCCAUGGCCCAAGCCCAACAAACCCUAACCCUAGAAAACUGAAGAUUAACCAUUGUGACCGUCUUCUUCGUCUUCUUCGAUUGAUCGAACUCUGCAAGUGCCGGGGUAGCGUUGCCAGAGAUAAUUCUCUCUCUCUCUCUCUCUCUCUCUCUCUCUCUCUCUCUCUCUCUCUCUCUCUCUCUAGUUUGGUGGUACCGCCAUUGUUUAUGGUUUUUUGGUUAGUAAGCUUUGCCAUAGAAACUUAUGACACAGGUUCCUCUAGUUUUCUUCCUUCUUGCGCACAAAUCUAUAUUUGAGUUUCCUCAAUCUAUAUUUGAGUUUUGUUUCUACGCUUUCAAUACUUUCUGUUUUGGCUCAGAAUGAUCGAUGUUCUUUUAUUUGUUCCUUUUCAAUUGUGAAUCAAUUUGUUUGAAUUUGUAGAUGUUAGGUUACAUAUGCUUUAGUUUUAAUCUCAUCAUGGGUUAUUCAGAAUUAUAACUUUGGGGUUAUCUAUCGACAAAACAAAAGCUCUUCCAUACUUGUUGAUGAGGAGAGUUAAGAGAAACUAUAAACAACCAUAUGUGCAUUGGCAACUUUGUCGAAUUUUCCCUUUUGUCUCCUAAGUGUGCACAAUCGAAGUUUUCUUCAUUGUUCACUUUGAGUUUCAGUAUUAAUUUUGGAGUACUGCUAAAUCAUAGAUUGGUGAUCAUGGUAGUUGUUAAAAAGGCAUGGCUAAGGGUGAAAAUUUAGCCCCAACAGGUGCUAGUAAGAGGAGGGGUAGAACAGGAGUGCUCUUCCUAUUAUUAUUUCACAAAUUUUUAGCUGCCAAAUAUAAUUGUCGAAAGUUUCAUUUUGGAAUCGAUAAUGUUUUGAUUAAUGGCAAAAAAAAAAAUAGAGAGAAGAAUAAUAGGUGAGUUCAAAGAGGAUUUGAUUUAUUAGUCACUUAUUUAGGGGUGGUUGCUGUACAAAACUUCAUAUUUGCAAUUCAUAUAUAUAAGAUUUAUAUCCCAUUUACACACAUGUAAGCUGGUAAGCAUCUGAUGAGAGGUGGAAAUGGUUCAAGGUAUAAUAUAUAUUUCUUGAAUUUCUUGAAUUAAAAUGGUUUAGGUAGAAAUUGUUUGUUUAUUUGAAAUACUAAUAAAAAAAACUUUAUUUUUGAUAUGGUAGAAUUGCUUAAGAGCACUAGAUGGAACUCAUAUUAGAGUGAGAGUACCUAUGAAUGAUAAACCAAAAUAUCGUACUCGAAAAGGUGAAAUAGCUACAAAUGUCUUAGGUGUAUGCUCCCAAGACUUGCAAUUCAUAUAUGUGUUACCUGGUUGGGAAGGCUCUGCAGCAGAUGGUAGAGUUUAACGUGAUGCCAUACGUAGAACAAAUAGUUUGUGUGUUCCAAAUGGUAAGCUUGGUGUUUUAGAUUGUACAUUUUUUAUUUUUGAUUAGUAGCUCAUGUAGGAGGCAACUUAAUCCCCAUCUUUAUUUUAUUUUAGGUUAUUAUUACCUUGUAGAUGCUGGAUAUACUAAUUGUAAGGGAUUUCUUGCUCCAUAUCGUGGCCAACGUUAUCACCUCAACCAAUGGGAAGAUGGGAAUCCUCCUAAAAAUCCACAAGAAUUUUUUAAUAUGAAGCAUUCAUCUGCUAGGAAUGUCAUUGAGAGAUGUUUUGGCGCAAUUAAGAGUCAAUGGGCAAUUCUUAGGAGUCUGUCAUUCUAUCCAAUAAAGACUCAAAAUCGAAUCAUUUUGGCAUGUUGUUUGCUUCACAAUUUUAUUAGAAGAGAAAUUCCUACUGAUAAUACUUAUAUGCAUUGAAAGAAUGAGAUUAACAGUGGAGACGAAGAAGAUGUUGAUGGAUCCAUAAGAAGUAUUGAAGCUUCUGAAGAGUGGACAACAUUUAGAAACAAUUUAGCACAUGAGAUGUAUAGUGAAUGGAGGGAACGUAGGAGAGCAAGCUAGUUUUUUUUUUCUUAGAUUAAAUGCACAAUGAUUAUCUAGGUUUUUAUAUUUGUUUUCACUUGGCUAUGCCAAGUUAUUUGACUGGUUGUGUAAUUGACAACAUUGAAAUUGAUCUUUGAAUUUAUGUUUUGUUAUUGGUGUGUAUAUCAAUUCAGUUUUGUUUCUUUACUGUUGAAUGUCUUUAUUUUUCACAGUUCAACAUUUCAAUUCUAGUUUUUAGUUUUAGAUUAUUUUGAUUUCUUAUUUCAGCAUGGAGACUUCAAAAGAAAGAGGUCCAGGACAAAAUAAAAGAUUCUGGAGUGAAGAUAAAGACAAACACUUGAUUGAAUCACUUAUGGAGCUAAAUAAUGAAGGGAAGUUUAAAGCUGAAGGAAACUUGAAGCCAGGUCAUCUUAGAGCUAUUGAGAUGAAACUAAAAGAGCGAAUGCCUGAAUGUGACAUACAAGCUAAGCCACACAUUGAGUCUAGAAUGAAAACUUUGAAGACUCAUUUUCAAAUAGUACAUGAAAUGUUGACUGGACGUUUUUGUAGCGGGUUUGGAUGGGACAGUAAUAGAAAAACUGUAACUGCGGAAAAACCAGUGUGGGAAGCAUAUUUGCAGAGUCAUAAGGAAGCAGCCCCAUUCAAAAUCAAGUCAUUCCCUUGGUAUGACGACUUGUGUGCAGUUUUUGGCAAAGAUCGUGCAACUGGAAAAUAUACAGAGACUGUAACAGAUGUUGUUGAAGAACUUGAAGCUGAAAAGGAAAACACUACACUUGGAGAAGAUGAUUUUAGCAAUGCUAAUAAUGUGGAUGAAGUGGAAUCUAUGUCUGUUUCAGAUGCAACAAGAGGAGCUCAAUCUUACACUCAAUCAGAUGGGUCUUCGAAGAAGAAAAGGAAAGCUGCAAAUCAUGAAGAACUUUCAAAUGCACUUACACAAUCAGCUUGUAUUCUCGCAGAGGUAAUUGAAAAAGCUUCAAUUCGUUUGAGUAAAGCUAUUGGUGAAGGCUUGAAUGAAAAGCAUAUGCAGCUCGGGAAAGAGUUGGAAAGGACCACUAUACUUACUACAGCACAACGUCAUAAGGUAGCUCGCAUGAUUAUGUAAGAUAAUGCUCUGGUUUCUUACUUUUUCAGUAUCCCAGAUGAUGAGAAGGAUGAAUGGGCGAGACUUCUGAUUGAUGGCUCUCUUUAGUACACAGUUCGGGAAAGAGUUAGAAAGAUCAUGUUUAUUCACUUUGAUCUAAAAUAAUUUGCAGGACAAUAUAUAUUGCCUUUGACAUUCAGUAGUAUACAAAUUAUAAUCUUUUGGAUCUGGUCUAAUGUAUAUGGGUAUUGGACAUGAAUACUUAUACUUUUUGUAGUGAUAUUUUAUGUAUGGAUAAUGUUUGAUCUCAUGUUUUUUUUUAAAAAAAAAUUAUGAUUAUAUAGUUUUUUUUUUUAAAAAAAUUAAAAUUUUCAUGUGAUUAUAUAGGUUUUUUUUAAGAAAAUAUAUGUCAGGUUUUUUUUAAGAAGUAAUAUUUUAUAGUAAAUUCAAUAAAUAUAAAUUUAUAUAUAUCAAAUUUUUUAAAUAAAUAUUAAUUUUUUUAAUACAUAUCAAUUUUUUUUUUAAAUAUGUAUCAAUUUUUUCUAACAAUAUAUAAGUUGAAUAUAUUUAAUCUAAUUUCUUAAUCAUGUUUUAAAAAUAAUGGUAUUUUUGUUUAAAAUUAAUUUAUUCCAUUCCAUUGCAUUAUAUAGUCAACCAAACAUAAGAAUAUGUAUUCAAUUAUUGAUUCCAUAAAUCUAACCAAACAACCUAAUCUUAUUCCUAUUCUUAUUCCAUUCAUUACCAUUC